AUGAUGCUCUGGGCAUGUGCAGGUGUCCCGCUUGGUGUGUACAACAUCACCAAGAACUUCAACGUCGCCCUGCGCAUCCAGCCUCAGAUACUGACAUUUCUGAGUCUGGUCACCUGGGCCCAUCAUAUACUAAUCGCUAACAUUAUGCUCAAACAACAGAAGUGGCCCGUUUCUCGUUGUCUGCUGGUAGCCACUCCUAUCGCUCUUCUGAUGGGCGCUACACAAGCUGCCCUCAUCUUUGCCCUCCGAGCAGCUCAUUCCUCGCAUCUCACAUGGCCGGACACCCUGAUGGCGGUUCUCUCUGCUGCUCUCCUCGCUGCGGGCGUGCUCAGACACUACUGGGAUAUCUAUGUUCAUCGAUCAGUGCGCGGAAUCUCAUUCAUCUUUGUGGGUAUCGACGCCGGCGGCGAUCUCUUCUCACUCAUCUCGGUCUUCUUCCAGCCGGAACUGGACAUUCUCGGCAUGGUCAUAUACGGGACUGAGCUUGCCCUUUGGAUAGGCGUGUUCGCUUGUGGUGGGUAUUUCAACCUGUUGCCCUGGAUAAAACAACAUUCGAAGACACCAUCGGAACCCAAUGGGAGUCGCAGUUCCCCUGAGCUAUCUGAAGACCCCAAUUCUCGGACAUCUCACUCAUCUCACGCUAUCUCUCUUCGAAAUAUUCCUUCGUCCACAUCCGUCUUUAGAACGCCAUCAGGCGAGUUGGCGGUUGCACGAGCUAGAACUGGCUUUCAUGACACCGAGGACGAGAACGUCAUCACUUCACAGAGUUGA